AUGUCUAAUUCUACUCGAUUAACUCAAGAUAGCCAACCUUACCUUGAAGGAAACAAAUCUCGAAUCUCAAUUUCAGCUCAUAGCGAUACCGGCGGAUUUUCUCGCUGGAGUGAAAAAUUCCAGAAAUUUAUUUUUGUGUUUAGGUCAGAGCUUUUUUUACCCCAUACUUCUAUGCCAAAGCGUCCCAAUGUCUUUGGUAGUGACUCUGACUUGUCAGAAAGUGACGGGGACGCUAGUAGGUUAAGGCGGCCAAAAAAAUUGGUACUUCCUAAAAGUGAAGAGAGUGCUACGGAGGUGGUAGCUGUGGAUCGUGCGCUCAAUGAACGUGAGCCGAGUGUUGCACAAGACGAUGCUAAAGGCACGGAUUUCAUGCUAUAUCCACUUGAAAAGGAUAUUUUUUCCUCCAGCAUCGAUACCCCGUUGUUCCAGUCGAAUUCCAAUUCAAUUGGGCUUUCAAUGAUGGAAAAAAUGGGGUUCAAGUUGGGAGACUCUCUUGGUAAAUCUGGUGCUUCUUCUGCGUCUACCUUGCUAGAGCCAAUUAAGGUCAUACCAAACUCUGGUAGAGCAGGGAUUGGAGCUCUUUCUGAGGCUGAUCGCUCUUCAGCUCAAGAGGUGGCCGCAACUAGUGAAGACAAGUUCAUGGGCCAUUUAAAAGAGCAGCAAUUGGAGAAGCACAACCAGAAGGUUUGCCAGAAGUUGAUGAAGUUGUGCGUGGAAUUGAAUGAGGACGAAGAUAAGCCAGUCAUGGAGAUAAAUCCACUUUGGCGAAGCUACUGCUUUUUCUGUGGAUGCUUUUAUAAUGAUGCUAAUGAUAUGAGAGUGAAUUGCCCGGGAGUGGAAGAAUCGUUCCACAAAUUAUCAUAA